AUGUAUAAAAUGGAGUAUUCUUACCUAAAUUCCUCUGCCUACGAGUCAUGUAUGGCCGGGAUGGACACGACGAGCUUGGCAUCGGCCUAUGCGGACUUCAGUUCGUGCAGUCAAGCCAGUGGGUUUCAGUACAAUCCCAUCAGGACCACUUUCGGAGCCACCUCCGGCUGUCCGUCCCUCACGCCGGGGUCCUGCAGCCUGGGGACCCUGCGGGACCACCAGAGCAGCCCGUACGCCGCAGUUCCCUACAAACUGUUCACGGAUCACGGCGGACUGAACGAGAAGAGAAAGCAGAGGCGCAUCCGGACCACGUUCACCAGCGCCCAGCUGAAGGAGCUGGAGCGGGUUUUUGCUGAAACGCACUACCCGGAUAUCUACACCAGAGAGGAGCUGGCACUUAAAAUCGAUCUGACUGAAGCCAGAGUGCAGGUGUGGUUCCAAAACCGGCGUGCCAAGUUUCGCAAGCAGGAGCGAGCAGCUGCAGCGGCCGCAGCGGCUGCCAAGUCCAAUUCUGGAAAGAAGUCCGACCUUAGAGAUGAAGACAGUAAAGAGACCAAAUCCACCGACCCCGACAGCACAGGAGGACCGGGCCCGAACCCCGUUCCCACCUCCAACUGCGGCGGACCGAGCCCCACCGGAGGCCAGGUCAACACCACCGGGAACGGACAGGUGGACCAAGUGAAGACCUCCGUGUCCAGCGGCAUGGGGGUGACAGCAGCGAGCCAAGGCUGGGCCACCGCUCCUGGGACCAUCACUUCUAUCCCGGACUCAUUGGGCGGGCCGUUCGCCAGCGUACUGUCGUCUUUGCAAAGACAGAACGGAGCCAAAGCUACAUUAGUAAAGACCAGCAUGUUCUAAUGAAGCUUGACAGCGGGGGAAGAAAAACAGCAGAGGAAAAGAGAUACGGUUCCUCAUCCUCCGGAGACUGAAAAGCAAUUGCCCAUGACAGACUUAAGGACAAAAAAGAGCAGUUCAAAAGAAGAUUACAACUCGGUUAUUUUAUUUUUAUGCCUUGCGCCGUUUCUUGUGGUCAGUUGACACUUUUGCUGUGAAAAUAUCCAUCUUGACAAGUCAAAUUGAUUGAUAAUUUUUGUUUUCUUAAAAAAAACAAACUGUUAGUUGGGUGAAAUGUUUUCACUUGUUUCCGGUCAUGUCUAAAAACUGAAAUCCUGAAAAAAGGCAGACGGCAUAUUACUGUACUAAUAUCAACAAAAUUACACUUCUGUUGAGAUUCGUCACGCGUAAAUUCAGAACAAGACAACAUAUCUCAUCCCAAAGCAAAAUGCCCCUCCUGUUUUAAGAUACAAACACAUUUAAGACUGAACACUGGAUGAAGUGACUUGUUAAGAUGAACAUUUUUUUGGCCAAUUUAUGAGCCAACACAGACGUCUGCGCACUGGAAACGCGUCGUGCCAUCAGUGAGCAAAGGAGCCUCGUUGAGUCGCAUUAUAUGUCAGAGUUCAACAGCUGCUUUGUUUGGUAGAGAGACGUUUAAUAUCCAUGACUGAGGAUGCUCUCUCACAAAUCCACAGUCCGACACAACAAAUACCCAACGAGACGCUAACACCAUUUGCUUCUCUGUUCUCUAUAAACACAACCCGCUGUUUGGAAGUAGCCUCUUUUCAGCUGUGUUUUUGUUUCCAGGGCGGCUGAGAGUUUAGUUUCUUUAAAUUAUCGAUAUAAACACAAUUAUUUCCUCGAGAAAAAAAAGGCACAAACUACUGCAAUGUUCACCUCUGACAGGAAAUCUGUGUGUUUUGUGUGUCUUUCUACGGCAGUGUUUUUGUGGCUCAAACUGUAUAGUGUUAAUACGUAUAAUUGUCUCCUAUAGUUGAACCAUAGGCCAUACUCCCUCGUAGAUCGAUCAUACAAGUCUUUUUGAUGUUUUACAAAAUUCCCUCGGAAGAAUUUAUUUUGGGUAAAAAAAAAAAAAAA